AUGGCCGCCGCCGCGCAGUACCUGCCGCGCUCCGCCGCGCUCAUGCACCCCGACGGCGACCGCCUGCACCAGGGCACCACGUACCGCGAGGUGCAGAAGAUGAUGCACCACGAGUACCUGCAGGGACUGGCCCCCGCCGCCGGGCACGCCGUCGGGCUGGCGCACCACCAGUGGCUGCCCAGCGCCGGCACGGACUGGGGUAGCGGCGGGGGCGGCGGGGGCGCGCACCUUCCGCCCGCUGAGCACGGCAAGGGCGGCCCGCCGGGGCCCCGCGAAGAGCUGUCCGCCGCCGCCGCCUUCCACCACCGGCCGCACCUGGUGCACCAGCCGGCGGCGGGCGGCGCGACGGGCGGCUGGGCGCAGGGCGGUGCGCACCACCUGCCGCCCAUGUCGCCGCCGUCGGGGCAGCCGCUGCUCUACGCGCAGCCCUACGCGGGCCUCAACGGGAUGCUGGGCCCGCCGGCGCCAGCGCUGCACCACGGGCUGCGCGACCCGCUGGGCGCCGAGGAGGCGGGCGGCCACGAGCUGGCGGCGUCGCCGCCGCCGCUGGGGCCGCCCGAGCCGUCGGACGAGGACGCGCCCAGCUCCGACGACCUGGAGCAGUUCGCCAAGCAGUUCAAGCAGCGGCGGAUCAAGCUGGGCUUCACGCAGGCCGAUGUGGGGCUGGCGCUGGGCACCCUGUACGGGAACGUCUUCUCGCAGACCACCAUCUGCCGGUUCGAGGCGCUGCAGCUGAGCUUCAAGAACAUGUGCAAGCUGAAGCCGCUGCUCAACAAGUGGCUGGAGGAGACGGACUCCAGCACGGGCAGCCCCACCAACCUGGACAAGAUUGCGGCGCAGGGCCGGAAGCGCAAGAAGCGGACGUCCAUCGAGGUGGGCGUCAAGGGCGCCCUGGAGAAUCACUUCCUCAAGUGCCCCAAGCCCUCGGCGCACGAGAUCACCUCCCUGGCGGACUCCCUGCAGCUGGAGAAAGAGGUGGUGCGGGUCUGGUUCUGCAACCGGCGGCAGAAGGAGAAGCGGAUGACGCCGGCCGGGGUCCCGCAUCCCCCCAUGGAGGACGUUUACUCACAGGCGGACACUUCGCCGCUGCACCAUGCGCUGCCCGGCGCCGUGCAGUGA